AAAAAAUACAGUGUAAUACGCGAGUACAAACCUCUCAUUGACUGUCCUUUUUCGCGAGUGCAAGCUUUAAAGUCGGCGACACUUUACACUGCCGGUGUGCCGGAGGGGGAAGAUGUUGAGCGGGAGAGGUGUUCCUUUUUAGCGAAGUUCUUCGGUGGGGUUUUAGCUGACGUGUGGAGAAGUUGAAACUGCUUGAGAGCAGAUAAACAAACACAAACAAACAGGGAUCAGCUGGCCGCUUGUCCGAACCGAACCAACAGGACACAGAGAUGUCCGGCAGAGCAGAUCUCCUCUUUUGAUCCCCUCGAGUGAUCACCGGAGUACCGUGACUUACACUGACAUUAGCCCUAUGUCAGCUGGCACACAAAGAAUUUGGGAAUCACCACACGAGGACGACCCUUAGGCAUUUUGCAGAAAACCCACAGCUUCUGCCAGUGCCUCCUUUUUCGAGAUAGAGCCUUAGUAAGGUCAGCCAAUGAGUCUAAAUUGAGAUUUCGGCUGUAACGAAACGAAUACGUACAUAAAAAAAGCCAGGAGAUACAGAAGUGGGAUUAGUAUGGCCCACCAAGCAACCCCCAGUUCCCAGAAGGCCUUGAUGAUGGAGCUGAAGUCUCUACAGGAGCAACCAGUGGAGGGCUUCCGCAUCACCUUGGUAGAAGAAUCUGACCUCUACAAUUGGGAGGUGGCCAUCUUUGGUCCCCCAAACACACUCUAUGAGGGAGGCUACUUUAAGGCUCACAUCAAGUUCCCAAUUGACUACCCUUACUCCCCACCAACCUUCCGCUUCCUCACCAAGAUGUGGCACCCCAACAUCUAUGAGAAUGGUGACGUGUGUAUCUCAAUUCUGCAUCCCCCUGUUGAUGACCCCCAGAGUGGGGAGCUGCCCUCUGAGAGGUGGAACCCGACCCAGAAUGUCAGGACAAUCUUGCUGAGUGUGAUCUCUCUGCUUAACGAGCCCAACACUUUCUCCCCGGCCAACGUGGACGCCUCCGUCAUGUUCCGCAAGUGGAGGGACAGUAAAGGCAAGGACAAGGAGUAUGCGGAGAUCAUCAGGAAGCAGGUGCUGUCCACUGCGGCGGAGGCGGAGCGUGACGGUGUCAAGGUACCCACCACCCUGGCAGAGUAUUGCGUCCAGACCAGGGUCCCCUCCCAGGACAGCAGCUCGGACCUACUCUAUGAUGACCUCUAUGAUGAUGACAUGGAGGAAGAAGAGGAGGAUGAAGACGAGAGCGAAUUGGAGUCUGGAGGAGAGGCGGGGGGGAUCAGCACCGGCAAGGACGGUGGGACGUCUGCCAAACGCUACGACAACCAAGACGACUCUGGCAACGAGGACUCAUGAUAAUGUGGUCCACCAGCCCCUCACCAACUCCCCCACCCCAAACCCCAUCUUUUGUCAUUUUUUCAGUUUCUAUGUGUGUGUGUGUGUGUGUGCGUGUGUGCGUGCAUGCGUGCGUACAUAUGUGUGUGUUUGUUCAUAAACUCGUAGUUGGCCAGUUUUUUUCUGGUUUGUCCAUCACAAAUAGCCUUUUUUUUUUAAGACUGACUGUCCAAAUCCUGUCCUUUUUGCUGUUUGAACUGCAUUCUUCCUGUUAAGUUGGCUGACCUUUGUUUCCCAGCCACCUCUCUCUUAUUCUUUUUCUUUUCCUGUGGGGUUGGGGGAUAGC